AUGCCUCUUGUCCUGGCAGCGGACGCCUCGCAGUACGGUGUGGGCGCCGUGCUGUGUCAUCGGUUCCCGGACGGCACGGAACGACCGAUUGCGCACGCAUCAAGAACACUCACCGCAGCUGAGAAGAACUACGGGCAAAUAGAGAAGGAGGCACUUGCCCUGGUUUUUGGCUGCCGCAAAUUCCGCCAGUAUAUUGCUGGUCGCGAAUUCACGUUGUGCACGGACCACAAGCCGCUGCUGAGUGUCUUCGGAAGCAACAAAGGAGUUCCGGUCGUGACAGCCAACCGACUCCAGCGAUGGGCACUACUUCUCAUGGGCUACUCCUUCUCAAUCGAGUACCGGCGCACCGAGGAUUUCGGCCAAGCCGACGGCCUGAGUAGCCUGCCACUCCAUUCGACCGAACUGGAUGGACUGAGCGGGCUGGGAAUGGACAAAGUGGUGAAUGCGGUACACGAAGACAACGUGUCACGCUUGCCUGUCAAAGCAGAAGCCAUUGCCAAAGCAACCGCCGAAGACCAGGAUCUGUCCACGGUCCACGGUUACAUCCUGCAUGGAUGGCCGGCCACGGUUGAUGAGCGGUUGCGUCCCUACAAACGACUAGAGAAUGAAUUGGUGCUGACCAACAACUGCAUUUGCUGGGGAUCGCGCACGGUAAUUCCGGUCAAGCAGCGUCGGCAGAUACUGGACUACCUGCAUGAAGCGCACAUGGGAGCCGGUAAGAUGAAAGGCGAGGCACGAGCCUAUUGCUGGUGGCCACAGAUGGAUAAAGACAUCGAGCACAUGUCUCGUGAGUGCCGGAUCUGCUCGGAACGCGCUAAGGAAACGGCCAAAGCACCACUCUCGCAGUGGGAAGUGCCCGAAAGCCCAUGGAUGAGGCUGCACAUGGAUUUUGCCGGUCCAUACCACGGCACAAUGCUGCUGCUGGUGGUCGAUGCCAUGUCCAAAUGGCCGGAAGUGGCGCAAAUGAAACACGCUACAUCCGGUGGCGUGUUGGAAACUUUGCGCAACCUGUUCAGUCGGUACGGCGCUUGUACCGAAAUCGUUACGGACAACGGCACCCCGUUUACGUCACAGGAGUUCGCAAACUUCUGUGCGGAACACGGAAUAAAGCAUCUCAGGACACCACCGGGACACCCACAAUCGAAUGGACAGGCGGAGCGGUAUGUCCAGACCAUCAAGGACGGAGUUGCGAAACUCAUGGCUGACCGGAAGAACCUGUCCGAAGCACUGCGGCAGUUCCUCUGGAGAUACCGAGGCGCGCCGCAUGCAACAACCGGAAAGUCGCCAGCGGAGUUGUUCCUGGGUAGAAAAUUCCGUACUCAGCUCGACCUGUUGUCUCCUGUUAUGUUCACACAUACGGAGAGAAACCGCCAACGAUACCAGCACAAUUUCGACAAGCGCACCAAGCGGAAGAGUUUUACGCCUGGCGACUUGGUAAUGGUUCGCGAUUACCGUCUCAACCGAACCGUCGACUGGACCAGCGGCCGGCUGGUCAGACGUGAAGGCACCCGGAUAUGGGAAGUGUCUGUCGAAGGCGCCAUCUGGCGCAGACACCUGAACCAGAUCCGACCGAGAUACUGGCUGCAGCCGGAUAAGCGGCAGGUGGCGGAUUCCUCACUGCCCGCACCGGUUGCAUUGCCAGUGAAUACCGGAAACAACAUACCCCGCGGCAACAGUGUGGUUCCCGACGCAACGCAACAGACGGAGCAACUGCCUGCAACAGCCACAACCGAACAACCGGCUGUGACACCGAAAACGGAGCUCACUGUCGAACCGGCCGCCACCGAGGUGAAGUUACCGCCGAGUAAACCACCGCAGAAGCGCGCAAUACCACCCCCUAAACAACCGGAACCAGAGCUGCGUAAAACUGCCAGAAGCAACGCAGGCCAACGAUUAACGCCGAGAUUAAUAGAAGAUCCGAAUUUUGGCAAACAGUUACUGUUGUUUUGA